AUGAUGUUUAAGUACAAUCGUGGGUGCUGGUCGGCGCCCCGAGGCCAGCACCUUCCAGCCCGACGUCGAGCGAGGGGCGCCGUCUACAAGUGCCGACCCGACAUACCACGACGACUGCGAACGAUUCCCUUCGACACGACCGGCAACCACUGGGAAUCUGGGAGACAAGUGGACAACAAGAGCAUGCAGUGGUUUGGAGCGUCGGUGACAAGUCGCAGCGGAGUCAUUGUGGCCUGUGCUCCUCGCUACGUGUGGUUCAGCGUCAAGAAGAACCGGCGGGAACCUGUUGGCAAUUGUUUCAUCAGCACCGGAAGAGAAUCUCAGGCCUACCAGAUGUAUUCGCCUUGCAUGACCACUGCCUGGGGCUACCAUCGCCAAGGGUCCUGUCAAGCUGGAUUUGGGACAGCGCUCACCACGGGCGGGAAUAGAUUAUACGUCGGCGCCGUUGGAAGCUUUUACUGGCAAGGUCAGGUGUUUUACCAGGAUCUGCUCAACCAGAGAGAGGCGCUGGCGACGGGCGAGGGACCCCAGCAGGACGACAUGAGCUACCUGGGCUACUCUGUGGCCACGGGCGAGUUCAGCGGCGACGGCGAGGAGGACCUGGCGGUGGGGAUGCCCCGCGGCAAUAACCUGACGGGCCAGGUCGUCGUCUUCGACCACCGCCUCAACAUCCUCUACAAUAUUACGGGUCACCAGAUCGGGUCAUACUUCGGCUACUCCGUCACGGUCCUCGACGCCAACGGAGACGGCCUCGACGACGUGGCGGUGGGCGCGCCCUGGUACACGGACCCGGCGGCCUCCACGGACUUCGAGGAGGGGUCGGUGUCCGUCUACACGCAGACGCAGCAGCGUAACUUCCAGCUCUCGGGGCGGCUGAUGGGCGACCGGUCCAGGAGUCACUUCGGGCUGUCCCUGGCGUCCCUGGGAGACCUCAACCGCGACGGCUACGGCGAUCUGGCGGUGGGCGCCCCGUACGCCGGAGAAACGGCUCGGGGCGGCGUCUACAUCUUCCUCGGGGGACCGAAAGGCCUGGCCAAGACUCCCUCUCAGGUACUUUUGGCGGAGGAACUGACGCAGGUGAACAUCGGCACUUUCGGCUGGUCGCUCGCCGCGGGAGAAGACCUGGACGGAAACGAGUACCCCGACCUGGCGGUGGGCGCUUACGACUCCAACAAAGUCGCCGUCUUCCGCACGCGACCUGUGGUGCAGGUCAAGUCCGAGAUAAGUUUCAACGGCAGGAGCGGCAUCAUCGACCUGGACCAGCAGGGGUGUUCCCUUCAGGACGGCACCAACGUCCCGUGCGUGGCCCUCCAGUACUGCCUCACAUACUCGGGCCACGGCGUUCCCAAGUUCCUCGAAGUCGAAGUGUCCUUGAAGCUGGACCGUCAGGCUGAGCUGUCUCCGCGCAUGUUUUUCCUGGAGAAGGAGAAACACUCGGUCUCCAAUUCCACCAUCGAGCUCAGGAAGUCCGUCAAGGGAUGCAAGUCGGUGUACACUUACAUCACCAGCGAUCCCCGCGAUAAGCUGACGCCCCUGGAAGCGGAGAUGCACUACCGCCUGCCGGAGGGUCGGCCUCGUGUCCCCCGCGAGGUGCUGCGCGCGAUGCUGGCUCCUCCUGCGACGGGAGAGCGAGAGGCGACCCGCACGACCAUCUACAUCAAGAACAACUGCGGCGAGGACAACGUCUGUGUGCCGGACCUCAAGACGAGGGUCAAGACCGACUUCGACGAGUACGUCCUCGGCUCCCGCGACAACCUGGUGCUGAUGACGGGCGUGAGCAACGAGGGCGAGGACUCCUUCCAGACGAAGCUGCACGUGCGCGUCCCCAGAGGCGUCACCUUCAGCAAGUUCCUGGUGACGUCCAACACCGCGGAUGACGUCACGCCCAUCUGCUCGGCGCUCACGAGAGAGGACGACGAGGAGCAGGUGGUAUGCGACGUGGGCAAUCCUCUGCCCUCAGGGAAGGAAAUUGCCCUGCAGCUGGUGUUCCAACCCAACCCCGAGGCCAUCAUCAGCGCGCGCCUCACGGUCCUGCCCUUCAACGUGACCGCCACCUCGACCAACGAGGAGCUCCACGGCACCGAGCUGGACAACCACGUCAUGAAGGAGCUGCAGGUCACCGUCAGGAGCGACAUCGACAUCAAGGGGAUCUCGUGGCCGGACGGCGCCUUCGACUACAACGCCUCCCGCUUCGGCAUGGGGCUGCUGGGCGAGGGCGAGCGGGUGACCCACGACUGGCAGGUCGGCCCGGAGGUCACCCACGUCUACGACGUCACCAACCAGGGGCCGUCGGACCUCCCGCAGGCGCAGAUUUUCCUCCUGUGGCCCACCAGGACGCUCGGAGGCGACCCGCUGCUCUACCUGCUGGAAGAGCCCGACGUGUCGUCCGAGGCCGUCUGCCACUCCGUCCCUGAUGUCAACUACCUGGGGCUCACGGUAGCGGAGGCGACGUACGACCACCUGAUAACGGCGCCCGAGCUGGCCGCGCAGGUGGGCAGCUCCUUCCUCCACGUGACCGAAGAGAGCGCAGCGCUCCACGCGAAGCACCGGACGCGCCACGGCCACCGCCUGAGGAGGAGUCAGAGGCGGCGCCUGGAGGACGAGCUGUCCUGCGGCCCGACCAACUGCACGCGCGUGAUGUGCACGGUGUCGCCGUUCAGAGCCAAGUCCAACAUCAUCAUCCGCGUGCGAUCCCGCCUCUGGGUGGACACCAUCGAGAAGCUGGGGAGGUCCGAAGUGAAGAUCACGUCCCGCCUGGUGAUCGCCGGAAUGGGCAUGGCGGAGGAGGACGAGGCGGGGCCCAGCUGGGGCGACGUGGAGCAGCUGUGGGCGGGCACGGUGACCACGCUGGUGCGGACGGGCCCCGAGGAGCACGUGCGCUCCCUCAAGUGGGUGGUGAUCGUGGGCAGCAUCCUCGCCGGCCUGCUGCUGCUGGCUCUCCUCAGCGCUAUUCUGUGGGCGUUGGGCUUCUUCAAGAGGAAGCGGCCUCAGGACAAGUCGGACUCCGAGCCCCUCAACGGCAACGGCUUCUACAGCAACGGCAAGUCGUGAGGGUCGCCGCCCCCGCGGAGAGGAACCCCGGCAGAAGUGACUCCUCGUGCCCUCGGCGGCUCGUGCAUCACUGGAGAGCCGCUUGCCGUGUAAUGUGCAGCUGAAACAGAGCUUUAAUCGCGUGUUUCGGCUGCGCAUUGCAACUUGGACGGGAAAUAUAAGAAAAUGAUGAUGGCUAUGUUGACAAUGCGUGGAACUGUUCACCGACCGUACCUCUCGACCGAGGCGAAAGUGUUAAUGUAUAGAACCUCCCACCUAUCAGAUCAUGCUUCAUUUUUAAGGUGUUUGAAGUUACCGUCACUUUAGCAUUAAGUGUACCGUGUGCUCAAAAGUGCCAUAUUAGCUCCUUCAGUCACUGCUUUUUGUGCCUUAUAUGUUGCCUGAAAAUAUUUUCCGGUUAUUUCUAGGACUAUGGAUAAUAUUCGGACAAUCUGGUCACCAAAAGUGCAAUUUCUGUGUGCAUGUGACUGCCAUGAUGCAUUUAAAAGGACGUGUUGAAUCGGGUGAUUGACUCGUCUGACAUAACAUAGAGUAGCGUAGCUGUUUAAUAAGUGCUAAGGUUGAGUACUUAAAAUGUGAGCUGACGUCCGCAUUCUGUAAAUAAGCCUAGUGGAAUGAAGUCUUAGUCAUAUGAUGUAAUUUUCCUUGUAAAAACAAACAAACAAACAGACGUUAUAUAUAUGAAUAUAAAUCAUGUAGAUAAUUAUGCAACCGCUUCGUGGCACUGGCUCGUGUUGAACGCAGAGAGAAAGAAAGAAAAAGAGGUGGAAAAGUGUGUGAUGACUACUUACAGAAGAAAAUGCAGAGGCUUUGUAAAUCUCGACAUUUCAGUGUUGGAUAUUGAAGGAAAAAUGAGGAAAUGAAGGAAUGACCCUCAUGUCUUAAGGGAAAUGUGCAUGUGAAACCGUAGUUGCAGUUUAUCUCGGUAAACUAGUUAUCUUGGUAAGCUUGUUUCCUGCGGGUAACUGUUAACCAGCCAACGACCUCGUCAGGCUACCCACUUGCCUUUUCCCUUCCCUCACAGACACUGCUUCCACGAGCCAAGGGGCCAAGACGCGUUAUUUGGACUGAGGCCAAAACAAUAAGGCCUCCAUUCCUAAUACUGUGAUUGUGUAUAUAUAUUUUUUUACAGUUAAUUUCCACGAUUUUAUUCCCAAUUCAACGAAGGAAUGGGUUAUUUUACUUGACCGCGUUUUGUACAUAUAAAUGUUUACGUGCUUUUGGUUUGCAAUAGGUAUCACAGAUGUCACUUGUUGGGUAAAUAGAAAAAAAACACGAUUCCUAUUGUAAUUCCAGUGUAGUAUUUAUAGGAAAACCGCAUUGUGUGCCAUGAACAACAUUCACCAAGAAGAUACAUUUCAUUAACUGUUCAGAUCUUGUUAAGGUAGAUUUUUAAAUGGCUAUUUGUAGUUAACUUUGUUACAUGAAGUACUUGUAGGUUAAGGACAACAAUGAUUAUUUGAAUCUCAUCAAGUUGUGUUCUAGUCAAUUUCCAUUAUUUGUCUACUUACAAUAUACCCAUAUUUAGUUAUAGAUUAUCCACUAUUCUCUCUCCCUGGGAAUGAAUGCGCACGUUCGUUUCGGUAGAAAAAUGUGAAUCUCAAGUGAACAUAUUGUUCAUAGCUCUGCCGUUGUGCCGUUCCUUGCUGCUGCUACGUUCAAGGAGGCGCCGGAUAACUGAUCAUAUUAGUGGUCGGAAUUUUAUUUGCCCUUUUAAGCUUAUAGAGAAAAUGUAUUCUUCUUUUUUCUUAUUUUAUGACUUUAAUUUCUUUCUCUAUCUUAAUCGUCUCUCUUUUCGCGAUGUGUUCAAUUUUAGAAAACGAGAAUAAAAUGGUAUAAAAUGUAUUCAUAGGUGGAGACAGCUGUUCACUAGAAAUAGUAAAAUUGAUGUUUUGUGUAAAUUAAAGGGGCACAAAGUUGAUUUUAUCCACUAGGAUUUAUACGUGACUCAUCUUAUGUACAUAGAAGUUACUUGAGAGUGAAAGUAGGCAGUGCAACUCUUGAGUAACAUAAAAGGUGUUAGAACUGUAUUGUAUGAAUAAAUAUAAUUUCCCAACCAUUUAAGGACAUUCUCGAUGCAGGUAUUACCACUAACUAACAAAGAUCUUCCACUUUGCGUAACAAAAAACGUAAUUCUAAUAUUGAAUGGCACAAAUUCUUAACCCUAUGUAUCCAGAGCUCUCUUUAAACUGCUAUAAAAAAGCCAGGUUUGUGUGUUUGCUGUGUCAAGCUCCCAUCCCCAAAGGAAGCCAAAAGUCAUGUCCUCUCGUAUGGUAGAAAGGAGAGACUGUGAAUGUUAAUAUUACUUAACGUUGUGUAUGCUGUCCGUGUAUCGACUUGACAAUCGUGUGUGCCUUACGGAGUCCGAAUAAAACUACUAUCCUAA